GAAAGGCUUCGCUGUCGGAUAGUCUUUGCGCACACGGUGCUGAACAUUUGUUUUAAAAAACGUUUCCCAAAACAUCUUGGAUUUUCACUGGAUUUUCACGAAUAUCAAAUAUUUUAAACCUGAAUGAGGAUUUUAUUUCCGCGGAUCUUCUGCACCGCCGGGAAAAUGGCAGACGCAGUGAUGUGGCACACGGUAUUGUUUUCUAUCCUCCUUUCUUCUCGCUCCGUGCUCGCGCAGGUCAGUUACUCCAUACCGGAGGAAAUGGCGAAAGGCUCGAUGGUUGGAAAUAUUGCUCAGGAUUUGGGUUUGGAAAUAAAAAGAUUGAAAUCUGGGAAAGCGCGCAUUUAUACGGUGGAUAGCACGGAAUAUAUCGAACUGAACAGAGAGAGGGGUUCGCUUCUCAUUAAAGAAAAAAUGGAUCGAGAGUCGCUUUGUGCAAAAAAGACUCCGUGUGCUUUACAUUUACAGAUGAUUCUAGAGAGUCCAAUUGAACGGUACACAAUAACUAUUGAAAUCACGGACAUUAAUGAUAAUUCUCCAUACUUCCAGAAGGAGGAAAUUCGAUUUGAAAUAAGCGAGUCGGCUGUACCAGGAGUGAGAUUCAUGUUAGAGAGAGCAAUGGAUGCUGAUGUCGGUACUAACGGACUUCAGAGCUACUCACUUAAACCGACAGAUCAUUUUGUUUUGGAUUUACAAAACCACGCGGGUGGUGGAAAAACUGUAGAAAUGGUUUUACAAAAACCACUCGAUAGAGAAAAGCAGGAAAGGCUGACAUUAUUAUUAACAGCCAUGGAUGGAGGUGAACCGGUUCUGUCCGGUACUGUACAGAUCCACGUUAAUGUUCUGGAUGCAAAUGAUAAUGCUCCUGUCUUUAUACAUAAAAUAUAUAAAGCCUCAGUGUUCGAAAACGCACCGGAAGGCACUAAAUUGACGACCGUGAGCGCAUCAGAUUCUGAUGAAGGAACAAACGGACAGGUGACUUAUUAUAUUUCAAACAAUGAAGAGGAUGUGAAUGAAUUGUUUAUUAUACACCCGAAUAGCGGAGAAUUAACGUUGAAAAGACAAGUUGACUUUGAAAAAACAAGCCAUUAUGAACUUGAUGUACAAGCCAGGGACCAAGGAGGUCUAUCAGACUCAUGCAAGGUAAUAAUUGAUGUGUUGGAUAUAAACGAUAAUAAACCUGGGAUCACUGUUUUGUCCAUGGUCACUUCUAUAUCAGAGGAAUCGCUUUCUAACACAGUUGUGGCAAUGAUCAACGUAAAUGAUGCAGAUUCAGGUGAAAAUGGACAAGUUCAGUGUAUUAUCACUGAUAAUAUUCCAUUCAUCAUCACAUCUUCGUCCAAUAAUUUCUUUAGUCUGCUCACAGAUCAGGAGUUAGACAGAGAGAGAGAAGCUGAGUAUAACAUCAGUGUGACUUGCUCUGAUGAGGGAGUUCCCUCACUUUCCAGCAGCACUUCUCUCCGUUUACACAUAUCAGAUGUAAAUGACAACGCACCUGUUUUUGAGAGAAAUCAUUAUGAGGCCUAUGUGGUGGAGAACAACACACCAGGUCUCUCUGUAUUCAGAGUGAAGGCCAGUGACGCAGACUCCAACCAGAAUGCUCGAGUUGCUUAUAUUUUAGAAGACAGCACUGUCAAUGGAGUUCCUGUAUCAUCAUAUGUGUCCGUCAGUGCUGAUAGUGGAGUCAUUAAUGCCGUGCGCUCUUUCGACUACGAGCAGUUAAAGGACUUCCAUUUCCGGGUCAGAGCACAGGACGGAGGCUCACCUCCACUCAGUAGUAACGUGACAGUGAAAAUUACAAUCCAAGAUCAGAAUGACAAUGCUCCUCAGGUUCUCUACCCAGUACAGACUGGUGGCUCUGUGGUGGCUGAGAUCGUGCCUCGUUCAGCAGAUGUCGGCUAUCUGGUCACUAAAGUGGUGGCUGUUGAUGUGGACUCUGGACAGAACGCCUGGCUCUCCUACAAACUCCAGAAAGCCACAGACAGGGCGCUGUUUGAAGUGGGAGCGCAGAACGGAGAGAUACGGACUGUGCGCCAGGUCACUGAUAAAGAUGCAGUGAAACAAAAGCUGACUGUAGUUGUGGAGGAUAACGGACAGCCAUCUCGCUCAGCUGUAGUCAACAUCAAUGUAGCUGUAGCGGACACUUUCCCUGAAGUGCUCUCAGAAUUCACCGACUUUACGCACGCCAAACAAUAUAACGAUGACCUCACCUUUUAUUUAGUUUUAGCAUUAGCUGCUGUCUCUUUCCUUUUCAUCACAACUGUAGUAGUUAUAAUAUCAGUAAAGAUCUACAGGUGGAGACAAUCGCGCAUCUUCUAUCAGUCCAGUCUCCCAGUUAUUCCGUACUAUCCACCCGGUUACGCAGACACAGGAGUUACUGGAACUCUGCCGCACGGGUAUCAUUAUGAUGCUUGUAUGACGACUGACUCGAGGAAGAGUGACUGUAAAUAUUCUACACUUGGAGCACAAAGUGUUUUAGUGAUGGACCCGAGUUUUACAGAAACUAUGCAGCGCGCAAUGAAAGAAAAUAUUGUCCUAGAAGACCCUGAGUCCCCUGAAAUGCAAAAGCCACCAAGCAAUGACUGGCGCUUACCUCCGAACCAGAGACCUGGACCCAGUGGAGCUGGACCUCGUCCUGAAGAGGCUGGAGCCGGUGCAGUAGUGGGAACAGGACCGUGGCCCAACCCCCCCACUGAGGCGGAACAGCUCCAGGCUCUGAUGGCUGCUGCGAACGAAGUGAGUGAAGCCACAGCGACUCUUGGUCCUCGCUACAAUGCUCAGUACGUCCCUGAUUACCGGCAGAAUGUUUACAUACCAGGCAGCACCGCUACACUAACAGCUAAUCCCCAGCAGCAGAUGCCUCAACAGGCUCUGCCACCUCCUCAGGCCCCGCCUCAAGCUGCACCCACCACCGAUGUCCCCAAGGCUGCCCCGACCCCGGCCAGCAAGAAGAAGGUCACCAAGAAGGACAAGAAGUAAGACAGUAAGAUGCGUUAGAUUAGCUCAGAUCAGAUUAAAUCACAUUAGAAUAGAUUAAAUUAGAUUAGAUUAGCAGUCGCACUCUACUGCUCCAAUCUGAGCAUUUCUCUUCCGCGCAUGUAAAACUAGAACAUUUAAUAAUCAGACGUUUCUUUAGUGCCGAGACUAAAUAUCAGUUUCAGAUGGUUUAGUUCUUAGACACGAUGCAAGAAAUUCCCAGCUGUUUUUUUCUUCUUGUGGUAGAUUUUAUAUCUUCAUGUAAAAUCAAACAUCAAUAAGAACUGAUCAGGAUGUGUUCCGAUGUGUUCACAUCAACAAUGAAAGUUUCUUCUGUAAUCCUGUUUGAUAGCACUGCUGAUAAAUACACAUUGUCAUGUUACGAUAUUUUUUUUUGUGCGCGUGCGUGUUCUUUAUAACGCAAAAUAGAGCUACUUGUUGUGAGAAGAAUGAAAAUGAAAAAAGUGUGGUGUAUGUUUUUUCAAGGAUGUGCCAUAACCCUGGGAGAAGAUUUUUUUUUUCUUUUUCUACUGACUCUUGCAUGAUCCAAUUUGUAACCAUGGUAUUGAAAAAGAACUAUAGAACUAUGCAGUGUGGAAAAGAUGAGUAAAAGUAUGAAGAAGUUAAAUGCAUUUACAGUAAGAGAAGCCGUUUUCCUCAUAAACACACCAGCAACUGCAAAGUUGGACUGUUCGUAUUAUCAGGAAAAAAAAACAAAAAAACAAAUGUAAGAUUGGAUCCAGUCUCAAUAAAUUUGUUUAGCAUGACUAAAACAAUGCUAGCUUCAUGAUAUAUAAUGAUAUACAGUAUCAAACACCUACCAACUCUGUAUAGCCAAAUAUUCACUACUCAUUUCAGCCUGCAUUAAAUGAAGUGUUUCCUCUGACGUGGAUAUCGUGGACAUUUCCCAAGCCUUUGGUCUGCGUUAGCGCGUUCUGGUUGAGCAUGAUCUUCUGAAGUUUAAAGUUUCAGUUUAAGCAGAUUGAGUUGUGGGAUGAGAAACCUCAAAAAAGUCGGAUUGAUGGAGAGACAGUAUGAAGGAGAUAUUUGAUGUGGCGAUUUUAUUCAUUGCUGAUUUUCCUGGAUUUUUUUUCCAAUUGGGAAGACCUCAAAUGGACGCCACUCCAUUCUCAGACAACUUCCAAAUUCGACUUUAUUACUUAUUACUCUCUCCGGCAUUCUGUACAAUCCGAAAUAACCGUGUAAAUACGACAUGUAACCUGUCUGUACAAACGUGAGCCAGAAACAUCAGGCUAGAACAGGAAUGUUUCAGUAUUUUUUAGAAAAAAUAUAUAAAAAAAGAAACCUAAAAAAAACAAGUAUAGUGCUUUAGAUACAAAAAAGCUUCAAACUCAUUUACUAACCAAACUGUAAAUACAACCUUUCCAUUUAUGAAGAAAACACAAUCGUAGCUUAGGCCUUGUGAAGUUAAAAAAGUGCAUAUUUUUGUGUUCUUUUCCUUCUCUUUCACUUUAUUAUUUCUUCCAAGCUUAAAAAAAGAUGUGUUUUUAGCGUGCCCUUCCCCCGACAUCCCUCUAUAGUCUUCUGUGUUUGUAAUUACAGUAAGCUGUUAAUGCUACCGGAAUGGCUAUUCCUGUCUGUUUAACUCUAAAUAUAUAUAAAAUAUAAAUGUCUGUCUGCUGCUUGAAUACCUUUCUGGAUUCAAUUGUGAUAACUUUCUUUCUUUUCUUUUUUUUUAACCACUUUGCGCUUCAUGUCCUGCUUUGAUUUUAUAUGCAGAUAUUUAUAUGGCUGUUGAUUUUGUUUAUGUUCUUGUUUAUUAAUGGGACACUUACGUACAUUUCAAAUAAAAGUUUGUCAGAACUCACAA